AUGCCUUCGACAAGAGAACUUGUACUGCUGAAGAUGGAGCAGAAUACCUUGAAGAGGCGAGGAGUCGGACUCUCAGGGGUGGACAAGCAGCAUUCAUUUGGAGGUUACACACUCUUUUGCCCCCUAACCAGCGACACAGCCCAUCUGAUUGAUAUCGAUGGGAAAGAGGUUCACAAAUGGAAACUUCCGGGCAGGAUUGGCCGUCAUGCCAGGAUCCUGCCCAAUGGCAACCUUGCCGUCAACACACUUCGGACAUCUGAGCUCUCCACCAAGGAUGGAGGCCCGUACCCUUUUCCCUUCUUCAACAAAUACGGCGGGGGAGUGAUGAGCGAGUUGGACCCAAACGGCAAAGUCGUUCGCCAGUUCACAGACCCUUUCGGUCAUCAUGACCAGUAUCAUUAUGGUGAUGGCCGCUUUAUAUACACCAGCCUUGAAGCAUUGUCUCCUGAAGAAUCAGCCAAGGUGAUUGGCGGUGUUCCGGGCAGUGAGAUAGACGGCAUCACCUACGCAGACACGAUUAAUGAGGUUGAUGAGAAUGGCAAGCUGGUCUGGCAAUGGAAAGUGUCAGAGCGACUACCACGACAGGAAUUCCCCCUCCAAAGCCACUACACCCGUGAACACUACCCUCUGAUAAAUUCGGUUGUCCCCAUGCGCGAUGGAAAACAUGUCCUUGCAUCCAUGCGAUCGGUGUCGGCGGUAGUCAUCAUCGAGAGACAAACGGGGGGCAUUGUGUGGAAACUCGGAUCAGAUGUACUGGCACAGCAGCACAACGCCACAGAGCUCGACAAUGGGAACAUCCUCAUCUUCGAUAAUGGUGCAUUCCGCAGCGGCGAGUCCAUCAUGUAUACGCGGGCCAUUGAAGUGAAUCGAGCGACAAAGACCAUUGUCUGGGAGUAUCGCGAUCGAUCCCAAAUGGUCUACUUUUUUACACCCUUCAUGGGCAGCGCACAGAGGCUAUCCAACGGGAAUACUCUACUCUGCGAGAGUGCAUUUGGACGGCUCUUUGAGGUCACCAAAGACGGCUACAUUUGCUGGGAGUACAUCAAUCCGCAUUUUGCAGCUUACCAUGAUGAGGCGACCGCAAAGAUAUUCCCAGGAGAGUCGAACGCGCUAUUCCGGGCUUAUAGGUACUCACUAGAGGAAAUUCCCUGGUUAAAGCAGAAGUUAGAAAGUAUAGAAGGAGCGCUGCCGGGAUCUAAUGCCCUCCCUGCGCGGCUCUAA